CUGGUCCAUACCCCUUAGUGAGGCUCGAAGGUUCUAGUUUCAACGCACAGAACCAAAUUUAGUUAAUAAAUACCCCAUUGAUCCACGUUAUUCUUAUUCCUUACCAGCCCUGUCACUCCCAGUGUUAUACUUCAUCAGCUCUUUCCGUUUCUUUCAAAAGCUUCAUUCACUCUUUCUCUCUGUGUGUGCCAUCUCUCCAUUGAUAACCCAGACAAUGACUUUGGAAGUUGCUGUCAAGGCUGCUGCUGGAGCCCCAGAUGUUCUUGGAGACUGUCCAUUCUGCCAGAGGGUUCUUCUAACUCUAGAGGGGAAGAAAGUUCCAUACAAGUUGAUCCUGAUCAAUCUCAGUGACAAGCCCAAAUGGUUUCUGGAGGUGAAUCCAGAGGGGAAGGUGCCCGUGGUGAAGUUUGAUGAUAAGUGGGUGUCUGAUUCUGAUGUGAUUGUUGGGAUUCUCGAAGAAAAAUUCCCUGAACCUGCCCUUGUCACUCCUUCAGAAUUCUCAUCUGUGGGAUCAAAAGUUUUUGGGGCAUUUGUAACAUUCUUGAAGAGCAAAGAUCCCAGUGAUGGGUCAGAACAGGCUUUGCUCGCUGAAUUGAAGGCAUUAGAUGAGCAUCUUAAGGCACAUGGUCCUUAUGUUGCUGGGGAGAAGGUUACCGCUGUUGAUUUAGCUUUAGCGCCAAAACUUUACCACCUGGAUGUGGCUCUUGGUCACUUCAAGAAAUGGACUGUUCCAGCCGACUUGACUCAUCUCCACAAGUACAAAGAGCGUACUACUCUGACGCAUAUGCUCGGGAAGAGAUGAGACUUUUAUCCUAUGUUUGGGAUGAGGAAUUGUAGAGGAUGGGGAAUGGAAAAUGGAACUGAAUGGAGAAAUUGACGAUCCUUGUUAUUUGAUAGGUAUAAUAGAAAGGAAAGAAAAUAUGUAUAUUCUCCCUUGUUUCAUAUUGGAGGUAAUAAAACAGAAGGAAGUAGAAACUUUUUAUUGAAAUUUAUCAUUCUUUCUAUUGUCUAGAAAAUUAUCAUUUUACUAAUUUUGGUUAAGUGGGUAAGGAUUAAAAGGGUAGAUGUAAGCAAAUAUGUUAAGCUGAUUAUUAUUAUUAUUAUUUGUCUUUCCUCCAAUUCAUCCACAUCUGGAAAGAUUAAUUUGGUGUACAAGGAAAGUUGUUCACCCACAUUGUCUAAUCAAUUAAAAGUUUUGAAUUUCCCUUAUUAAUUAAAAGUUGUUUUGAGUUUAUAUCUUCUGACCAAGGCCAAGGGUUUAUUAGUAUUAAAUUGUUUCCCUAUUAAUGUUGUCUAAUUUUGUUUUAAUCUAGUUUGUGCAACUUUCUAUGAUACAUUGUUGGCUUGUGAAAUUCUCGAUAUAUGCUAUUCUAUUCAAAAGAUGCUUUUACUGCUGAGCUUACACAACCAUUUAGGGUAUACAAGAAAUCUAAGAUAUGACUUUGCAAGUAGAUAUUAGUGUUUAUGCUUGUCGGAGAGAGAGCUGUGAUAAUAUGAUAUACUGCUAGUAGAAGUGGUGAUAAAUUAUGCUCUCUGGUGUGUGUUUGCAGUCGCUGUUUUCCCUGGAAUCUUUCCAGAAAA